AUGCCUUCAUCACCAGUCGGUCAACACCUGGAUCUUCUCGACGCGAGUAUCGCAGAAUUACAGAAUGUUCUCUCAUCAGGCUCCCUGACGAGUGUAGAUCUCGUAUCGCGCUAUCUGCGAAGAAUCAGUGUUUAUGAUGCAAAUGGAUUGAAGCUGAGCGCUAUUCCGAUCCUCAAUCCAACUGUCUUUGACGAAGCGGCGGCCUCAGAUGCCAGGCGCAUACAGGGACUUCCACCACGACCACUGGAGGGAAUUCCCUAUUUGGUGAAAGAUAAUAUCAAAGUUCAAGGAAUGGUCGUCGGGAAUGGCUCGCCUGCCUUUGAAAAACUCAUUGCCAAUGAGGACGCGGCUUGCGUGCAGAUUCUCCGCAAUGCCGGCGCGGUACUUUUGGGCCGCACAAAUAUGCCAGCCAUGGCGUACGGUGGAAUGCAACGCGGCGUAUGGGGACGCGCUGAAAGUCCAUACAACUCUGAUUAUUUAGCCGCAGCUUAUGCUUCGGGCUCAUCCAACGGGUCCGCGGUUGCGACGAGUGCCAAUCUGUGUGCAUUCUCCCUGGGAACUGAGACUGUUUCCUCGGGGAGAUCACCGGCUUCAAAUAAUGCCGUUGUAGCCUAUACUCCGUCAAAGGGUCUAUUGCCUCUCCGUGGCGUUUUCCCUCUAUAUCCUACAUGCGAUGUAUUGGUCCCACAUACCAAGACCGUGGCUGAUCUCUUCUGUGUUCUUGAUGUUCUGGCCGUCGCAGACCAGACCCCGGUUGGAGACUUUUACAAUGAGCAGUCGGUUGUUGCCAUCCCUUCAAUAACCUCCAUCCGACCAAAGUCUUUCUCCACGCUGGGGGAUAAAUCAUCGCUGAAGGGUAAACGAAUUGCCGUACCUUCGAUGUACAUCGGAGGCGAUGACUCUUCCAUUCCACAAGUCAGCAAAGUCAAUACUCGUCCUUCAAUCCUCAAGUUAUGGAAGAAAGCGAAACAGGCUUUAGAAGCAUGCGGUGCUGAAGUCAUUGAGAUUGACUUUCCCCUGGUGACUACAUAUGAGUCUAACGCAUCAACAGGCCAACUCGUCACAGUCGCAAAUCUUCCUGACGGUUGGGCUAGCAAGGAGCGAUGUGAGGUGGUUUCCCAUGCCUGGGACGACUUUCUCGCCACAAAUGGCCAGAAAGGCCUUCAGUCUUUGACCUACGUCGACCCUGAUACAAUCUUUCCACUUGCACCCGGAUCACUCUUGGGUACACCUGAAGCAGCUAAUAAGCCCCGAUGGGGUGAAAUCGUGAAAUACCCACGUACUAAGCCAGCAUCGAUAUUCGAAAUACCCGGAAUGAAACAGGCAAUUCAAGCGCUGGAGGAUGCCCGAAAGAAAACCUUUGAGGAGUGGAUGGACGAAAAUGGCCUGGAUGCAGUGGUCUUCCCAGCCAACGGAGACAUCGGUGCUGCGAAUGCUGAUGUGAAUAAAGAUGCCUCUGAUUUUGCUUGGACAAAUGGUGUCAAGUACUCCAAUGGAAACCGGCCGAUUCGUCACCUCGGAGUUCCGACUAUCUCGGUACCAAUGGGAAUCAUGGACGACACAAAUAUGCCAGUCAAUCUUACUUUCGCCGGAAAAGCGUACGAAGACAAUGAUAUUCUGAGCUACGGCUUUGCGUUUGAGAAGGCCUCCAAAUCCCGUGUUCCACCGUCCGGUACCCCAGCACUCGAUUCAGACUAUCUCCCAACUGGCAGUACAUCUGGCGCAACUGCGGCUCGGGACAAAUUGGAGCUUCUCGUGACCACCCAGCGCAAGGAAGUUCGCGACUCAAACGCUUUUGUUGAAGUCAAGGGCUCUGUCAGCUCUCCAGCGAAGAGUCUGUCUUGCUAUGUCAAUGGGGAGCAUUGCGAUGUUUCUUGGGAAGGAGAGAAGUGGACUAUUACCUCCAUCUACCCAAUUUCUCACAGAGAUAGUGAGUGGAAGUCCUGGGAAAGCCCAGCAGUGAAACAGACAAUUGUUAUUGUGGUAGCGCAUUCUGAAUCUGGGUCUUCAUCUGGCAAGCUAAUUUUGCUAUGA